CGUGAACCCAAAUGAAGCUGGCGACCAGACUAUGGCAGACGAUGAGCCUGCUGCCUGCGUGCAGGUGCAGACCACAGAGCAAGCUAGUGCGAUCCUUAGGUUGAUUUUCGACAUCCUGGGCGCGCUUAUUAAAGUUACGGAAAGCAAGACCCAGAAGGAAACUUUGGACUUCUGCUGGCGAUUUUCGCUGCAGGGCGUCUGCUCAACGCAAAUUGCAAAGCGCGCACAGCACGUUUUUCUUGAAAAGCUGAAGAGUGCACAAACGCCUUCUGCCUCGGCGUUCUUGAAUAUGAGGGUCCGUCAGUGUGUACUCCAGAACACGCGAGGGUUAUUUGACGACGUGAACAAGACUAAAAACCCUGGUGCUGGAGGCUCGUCUUCGGCCUUGGCAGUCCUCAAGGCGGUGGUGCCUUUCGUAACGCGCUGUCUCCCACAUGUGACGGACUUGUCCCAUGUUUGCGGCCUCUCCGCACAGAUGUUUGACGUUGCAACGCAGGUUCCUGACAUGGAAAAGCUCGUUUUCGGAACGUACUUCGGUGCUCUGCUGAAACAAUGCUACGCGAACCUCGAGGACUCCACAGGAGCUGCUGCCAUCAAGGAGUCUCCUUCAGGCGGAGCUGGUGAUGGAUCAGCAGACGGGUCGGGCGUGGUGGAGCGUCGCCGGGACUUGUUGCGCUUUCUGCAGGCGCGCUUCUUGACUCUGCGAGGAGGCAAUGUGGCCACCACGAAGGCGCUUUCGUGGCUGCAGCUCGCCAUUUUCACGCACCACGGACACGAGGAAAUCGACACUAAAGAAGAUCUAGCCAUCACACGGCGCUUGAUCCUUGAGUUCCCUUUGGAGGACCCGAACACCAUGCGAUGCCUUCGUGACAUCGUGGAAGGUUUGCGGGACUUUCCACGCUGGAAACUUCUAGCAGCGUUCCUAGCACAGGAACUGCGGCGUCGUAAGAACAGUAGCCACACGCGCGCGGUGCUAGGAGUCGUUGCAUCGACGUUUUCGCGCUUUGCAUGGCUCGCCGCUAACAACAAAGGAGGUCAGCAUCAGGUACAACACGAUAUGAGCAGUAGUAUUGCAGCAGAUACCGCCACACAGCAGGACGCUCACACGGAAGCCUGUAACAAUUUGCUUCGCGUAGUCGCACAGCUCUACGACAAAGGAGUAUCGGAUGUGGAAUUUCGUGAAUUAGAGGCAGACUUCCAUGGGUGCUUCAAGGCCGCUGGCUACGCUGUGGGCCCCCAAAUGCUUCUCGAGAUUCUCCCCUUGCGGCUUCUGGAGGCAGAUAUGACUGCCAAGAAUUACGCACGAACCUCGCGUGGGUUUCUGCUCACGGUCUUGGAGAACUUCGAUCCUAGCUCUGGCGCGGGAGCAGCGGCUCUGCACGACGACGACGAUGAAGACGAGGAUAUCGCGGAUGAGGCUAGGGAGAAGAAGGUUGCGCGACCCGCUGUGCAGGUGAGUCUGCACUUCUUUCGCUCGAAGCUCCUUCCUCUUGCUGACG